CGGCAGUUUGAAAUUAGAAGUAAAAAACCUUGGCUUCAAAAAAGAGGAUCCUUUCUCUUAUUCCCUUUCUCACAUUAUCCGAACAAACAAAACCACUUCUCAUGGCCACCCAAUCAACUACUAUCCAGCUCACCCUUCUCUCAGCGGAAGGUCUUCACGUCAGGGGAAAACCGGCCAACACCAACGUCUUCGCGGUGGUUCGCGCCGACUCCAUUGCCAGCCACACGACGGCCACGGCCACGGAGAGCAACGGGUCGCUGUCCUGGGAGGAGACGUUUUCGUUGGAGGUGGGGCCUUACGCGAGGUGCCUGACGAUUGAAGUGAAGUGCAGGACGGGAGCGGGAGAGAGAGACGUCGGCGUGGCAAGAAUCGCGCUUUCGGAUUUUCUUGGAAGGUCAUUGCCCGGCAAUAGAUUGCAGUUGUGCUACAGGUUGAGGGACUGGGAUGGGAGAGAAAACGGGACCGUUAAUUUCUCCGUCAGAGUGGUGGCGCAGCCACAGCCUCACGCCGCCGCCGACGAGAACGGUUGUGAGUCGUCGUUGGGUGGAGUUGUUACCGGCAUUCCCGUUUGGUUGGAGAAGUCAUAGACAAGUAGCAAUAUUUGAUUCGUUGAAUGUGGUUGAAAUGUUUGGUAUCUUUUAGGUUUUGAGUUGAUGGACAACAAACAAGUUGGUCGUUUUGUUUCUGUUUAUUUGACUUUGAAUAUGUCGGAGCUUUCUAGGUGUUCCUUUAAUGUUUUUUUAACUCCUUCUGUUCUGACUUUCUAGUUUUAAGUUAAAAAUGAUUAUUUGA